AUGGACGAGGUCAACGAGCCCAUAGACCUCAGCGAGGUGGUCCUGAUGAGCGACGCCGAGGUUCGCGCCAGGAUCAACAUGAUCGACGCUGAGAUAAAGAUUUUGAAGAGCGAGCACACCCGCCUCAAAUCCCGUCAGAUCACGAUGCAGGAGCGCAUCAAGGACAACCUGGAGAAGAUCCAGCUGAACAAGCAGCUGCCUUACUUGGUUUCCAACGUGGUAGAGCUGCUUGACCUGGAAGAUGAGGAAGAAGAUGCUGGUGUUCAGGGCAUUGAGAUGAAGCGCAAGGGCAAGUCCUUGGUUAUUAAGACCUCAACUCGCCAGACUAUCUUCCUCCCGGUGAUCGGUCUGAUACCGCACACCAUGCUCCACCCAGGCGACCUCGUUGGAGUAAACAAGGACAGUUACCUGGUGCUAGACAAGCUGCCGCCCGAGUAUGACAACCGUGUGAAGGCCAUGGAGGUCUGCGAGAAGCCAAUCGAGGACUAUUCGGAUAUCGGCGGUCUUGACAAGCAAAUUCAGGAACUGAUUGAGGCCAUCGUGCUUCCCAUCACUCACAAGGCACUGUUUGAGAAGAUAGGCAUAAAGCCUCCAAAGGGUGUUUUGAUGCAUGGCCCGCCUGGUACUGGGAAGACGCUGCUAGCGCGUGCCUGCGCGGCUCAGACCAAGGCCACCUUUAUUAAGUUGGCUGGACCACAGCUGGUCCAAAUGUUUAUCGGUGACGGCGCCAAGAUGGUGCGCGACGCCUUCAAUUUGGCCAAAGAGAAGUCGCCGACGAUCAUAUUCAUCGACGAGAUCGAUGCCAUCGGUACCAAACGUUUCGACAGUGAGCUUUCCGGUGACCGUGAGGUUCAGCGCACGAUGCUUGAGUUGCUGAACCAACUGGACGGUUUCAGCAGCGACGACCGUGUGAAGGUUAUUGCUGCGACCAACAGACCGGACACAUUGGAUCCGGCGCUUUUGCGGUCUGGACGUUUGGAUCGCAAGAUAGAGCUGCCACAUCCUAACGAGGAGGCACGUGCGCACAUCAUGCAGAUCCACUCGCGUAAAAUGAAUGUGCACCCCGACGUGAACUUCUUGGAGCUUGCGCGCUCGACUGAGGACUUCAACGGCGCCCAACUGAAGGCGGUCUGCAUUGAGGCAGGAAUGGUAGCUCUGCGUCGUGGCGCCAAGGAACUUGACCACAACGACUUCGUAGAGGGCAUCGCAAUGAUGAGCGCCAAGAAAAAGACGACCCUAAACUACCUGAACUAG